UUUUCACUUGUCUGGAGACUCUUCCUUAAUCAGGAAGAACACCAACUUGCUUUGACUGCGCUUGCGUCGCCCUCGCGCGUUCGUCGCCAUUACUCACUCCCACCUUCCAUAUAGCCAAAAGAAGAUAAAAAGGAAGAAUUUUGAGGAAGUCCCAUGAAUGAUUCGCUCCCUCUCGGACUCUGCCCCACAUGUUCGCGUUUAGUCUCCCGAUCCGAGCCUCGACCCCGCGUUGUUUCGCUCGGUCGCGCUUGAGCCAGCGGCCCCACUUCGAUCCCGAUCUCGGGUCCAGGCUGAUCGGGAGGCUCGGCCUCGAGUGCAGCAAGCUCUCGGUCUCGGUGGAUUGGGGCAAGAUCGACUUGGCGGCGAGUAUGGGCGCUGGCUGCUUCAAGGUCGCGAAGAAGAGCGACAGGGGGUUGAAGGUGGAGUUCGACAGUGGCGGGCAGGACUUCUUCGACGCCGAUGCCGUGGAGGCCUCCGCUGGCGGCGCUCCGGAGCAUCUUGUCAUUAUGGUUAACGGGAUGGUCGGAAGUGCUGAAGAUUGGAGGUAUGCUGCUGAGCAGUUCGUGAAGAAGCUUCCAGACAAAGUGAUAGUCCAUCGUAGUCAAUGCAACUCUUCAAAGUUGACUUUUGAUGGUGUUGACAUGAUGGGUGAACGAUUGGCAGAAGAGGUAUUGGGUGUUAUCAGGCACAGACCUGGGGUUUGUAAGAUUUCCUUUAUUGCGCACUCCUUGGGAGGCCUUGUUGCAAGGUAUGCUAUUGGGAGACUUUAUGAAGAACCUUCACAAUCAGAACUCUGUACUGCUAUUAGGGACUGCCCACGUGAAGAGCAAUCAAAUCAUCAGAUGGAUGUUCUGGAGCCUCAUGAAGCCAAAGUUGCAGUUUUGGAGCCUCAUGAAGCCAAAGUUGCAGGUUUGGAGCCAAUGAAUUUCAUAACAGUUGCUUCACCACAUCUUGGGUCAAGAGGACAUAAACAGCUGCCUUUCCUUUGUGGUCUCCCUUUUUUGGAGAGAAAAGCACCUGAAGCAGCGCAUUUGAUUGUUGGGAGGUCUGGAAAGCAUCUCUUUCUUACUGACGGUGAUGAUGGGAAACCUCCUCUUCUUCUUCAAAUGGUCAAUGAUUCUAAAGAUCUGAAAUUCUUGUCAGCUUUACGGGCUUUCAAACGACGUGUAGCAUAUGCAAAUGUCAAUUAUGAUCAAGUAGUUGGGUGGGGAACAUCAUCAAUCCGACGUCAACAUGAACUUCCUAAGUCUAGUCUUCUGGUAAAAGAUGCGAGAUACCCUCACAUUGUAUAUGUGGAGAAGGAGACUCCUGAGAACUUUCAAAGGAGAGCAUCUUCUCUGGUGACUGACAAAAAAAUUGAUUUGGAAGGGUGGGAAGAAGCAGUCGAGUUGUCAAAUCGGCUAAUUGGAGGAAAACGCGCACAUUGACGUAGCAAGACGGUUAUUGAGCAUGGCUCUUAUGGGUAAAAGCUUGAGUGGCAAGUAUAGAAUACUUUCUGUUUCUCUUCUCCUUGAGAUUCAUUGCAAUAUUAGUCAUGAGAAGAAGUGCUGGAUGGAGGAAUAACAGUGUAAUUUAGGAAAUGCAGAUUCUAUGUCUGAUGCAAAGUUAUUUUGCUUAGGAUUCACUCUCUCUGGUAUUUUAUUUACUUUUUUUUCUUCCAGCAGUAGAUAAUAUGAUGAUGCAUAAUUAGUUAUUGGCAAAAUAUUCUAAAAAAGCUAAAACUUUGUGUGCCCCGAACUUUGAAAUGUAUCCAGGAGAUGUUAACUUUUAUCUGCAUCACGCAUAACAUUGGUGCAGCCGUUCAAAGCUCAGUUAAAGCACAGACGUGGCAGAUGAUGUGGCUAAUUGUCUCCAUUAAGCAUCACUAGUUAGUCAAUUUAUUGAGUAAUAAAAUUCAUUUAAAAUUUGAGGAAGGGCGAAAAAGUGUCUUUUAAAA